CCAUCUACCUGCACCUCAACACCACCAAGACCAAGGAUGGUGGAUUUUAGGAGGUCCGGGUCUCACCUGGAGCCAUCGAACCAUAAACAGCGGCUGUGUGGAGUUGGUUCAAACCUACAGUUUCAAACUGGGUGACAGACUGGAAUGAAUUCCCAACACAGAUGCUCUGUGUAGGAGAAAACAGAGCCGAUUGUAUUUUUUCAGGGAUGGCGUGACUUUAAACCUAUGCACGCGCUUCUGCCAGACUAGUAGAUUGCAUAAUAAUGAAAUGGGAGUGCCAAACCAAACAUAAAAAUGUGUUUAAACUGACAGAAAACGCGCAGCGCCACAGAAAACCACACGCUAGCAACGACUAGCUACAAUGAGAGUUUGUGACUAGCUGAAAGAUGAACAUGUACGGGCUUUGUGCCGUUGACGUGGGGCUGCCCUUACCUACCGGACCAGGAAGCAACUGACACACUCCCUUGGAGGACACUGCAACACACACUUCGGAAAGAUUCUGGUUUGAACCCCCUGCAAUGUUGAAAUGAAGAUUGAUGAAAAAGUUGUCUGCUAUUUUGAAUCGUGUAACUCACCUGUGGACAAAGAGGGUUACCUCUCCAAAAAGGGUGAGAUAAAGACUUCCUAUCAGAAGCGCUGGUUCGUGCUGAAGGGGAACCUCCUCUUCUACAAGGAUCGGCCAACAGACCGGGACCUGAUUGGGGUCAUUGUUCUGGAGGGCUGCACCGUCCAGCUGUGUGAGUCUGAAGAAAAAUUUGCUUUCUCUCUGGUUUGGAGCGACCCUGGGCUGCGGACGUACAAGUUUUCUGCGGAGGACCAGGUCAGUCAGGAAAGCUGGAUCAAAGCCCUGACGUCAGCCAGCCACUGCUACCUGGCCCUGCUGGUGAUGGACAUGGAGAGGAAGUAUACAGAUGCGUUAGGAGCCUUUCCUGGUGAACCACACGGAACUUUUACAGUGCCUAAUUUCACAGCAGAAGCAAACCAUUCAGCAGCAAUUCUGAACCCCCAUGCUUCCACGUUAUCUUCGAAUCUUGGGCAAGCUGCAGGAGCAAGACCCAGCCUGAGCUCCAGUCAGCGGCUUCAUGCUCAGACCAUUUCCUGGUCUGGAUCAGCUAGCAAAAGAUCACCCAAACUGUGGCCCAAGAGGAGCAUAAAUGCGGUGGCUGGUAGCACGCCUCUUCCGCCUAUGUUGGAAUGCUCAGGGUCCUGUUUAGGCCCACAAGAUGAUUUUAGAAAAUUGCAUGAGGAUUUUGGAAAGGAAGUAAAGGAACUGAUUACUGAUUGGUCAAAACGAGGACAUAUUGGUGAAAUUGUUCAGGAAGAAAACUUGAUAGAUUUUGGAUAAUAAUAAAAAGUUAGUAAUUUCCUAUCUUCAGUUUGAAAAAGAAGCUGCAUUAUUACAAAGGAACAAUGUUAAUAUAAGCUGGACCUUUUUUUUUAAAUAAAUAUAAUAUUUUUAUUGUUCAGCAGCAUUCUUUUUAAAACUUAUGUCUUAAUUAAUAAAUGAUUCGUUAUCUCCAGAGCAUCCAACCAUGUUUAUUAUCAGCUGAUUCUCACAAGGAAAUGUCUAAUGAUAUGUUACUAUUACUGUGCGGUUGAUGUUCAGACACUGUGGUAUGAAACUGCAACAAUGUCUUUUUUUCCUUAAACCAUGUUUUUAUAUAUAUCAUAUUUUUUUUUGUUUUACCAUAUCCAAUAACUGACAGCUACAUGCAAAAGUGUUAAGUUUUAAAUAGCUGGUUAGAUAGAAAUGAAAUUGGUUUUCUCAUGCUACAGCCAAUGACACUUUUUUUAUACUUUGAAAAUCUAGUUUUUUUUAACAGUUUCUUAUAAAUCAACAAUUUGAAAUGUAACUAUUUUGCAAAAGAAAUAGUCAUUUUCCACUGUGAAUAAACAUAUUUAUUACAUGUUUUACUGAGACUUCAUUGUCAGUUCAGUGAAAAAACACCAACUGAUGGUGUUGUUCCCAACUAGCACAGUUAGCCAUAAUGACUGCCUUGAAACUGGAUUUAUCAUUCACAGAAAAAGUCAACAGGAUUGCAAGACUUCACUAGACAUUUUAAGACAGCUGUAAUGUCCUUUAUAAAGUUUAAAGAAAUGUACUGAUGUUGUGUACAAAGCCCAAUAACUUAUUGAUUAAAUGCUAUUGUUAAUG